AUGGUGAAGGCGUCAUCCAAGAGCACGACGGCCAGCAAGGGCAAGACGGGCAAGGGCAAGACGGGCAAGGGCAAGACGGGCAAGGGCAAGACGGGCAAGGGCAGCACCAAGAAAGCGGGACCCACCAAGAAUGCAGGUAACACACACUAACACACUGACAGACAGACACAGACAGACAGAGACAGACAGACACCCAGACAGACGAACAGACGGGUUCACUCUCUCUCUCUCUCUCUGUGUGUGUGUGUGUGUGUCUGGUGCAGACGUGUUCUCCUCGACGACAGUCCGAAAGACCAGACUGAUCUCAGACGAUCACGACUUUGCUUCAGCUUCCGAUCGUGAGAGAGACACACACACACGUACACACACACACACACACGCACAAAUGAUUGUGUCUUGUGUGUCGCAGGCAAGAAGUACGUACCCCCACGCCACUUGCUUCCGCUGUGUGGCGUGUGUGUGUGUGUGCAGGUUUGCAGACUUCGAGACCGCCAAACUGCCAGAGUUCCAGUGGCACGACUACGCCAAAGUCCUGCACAUGGUACCGACACCCAUCCCCCCCCCACGCACGUGCCACAUAUAUGUGCGCGCGUACUCAUUUUCUCUCUCUGUGCAGCUCAACGAAGGUCGGCAGCAACCUUUCAGUGCGGUCACAUUCGAGGCUGGCAUGCGCCGUCUAAACCAGACGAACUAUUACCACAUGUGUGUGCACGCACACACACACACACACACAGAGUGCGCGCAGAUGGUGGGGUGGCCACGUGCGCAAUGGUCUCUCUCUCUCUCUCUGUGUGUGUGUGUGUGUGUGUGUGUCAGAGACGAAGGUAACAAGACGUUGGCGGUGAUCAAGCCUCGUCUCUGACUGACUGCCUCUCAGCCUGUCAUAGCCUAGCCAACUGACUUAUCGUCACUGACUGAUGUGGAUGUGCAUGAGUGGACAAGCGUAUGGUCAUUCAUUUCAUCAACGUGUCCCUCAUGCAAUGUCACACCCACACCACCAUCACCAUCACCCACGCGCUAGCUACGAAGCGAGGCUUCCGCGACUUCCAUCCAUCCAUCCCUCCCCACGCAGUGCAGUCAAUUGCACGUGUGUGGAUCGAUCAUGUGCCAUACUGUUUCCUCUCGAAGGCCGCCCGCUGCCUCUCACGCAGCUCCUCACGGUCCCUCUCACACUCAACUAUCAGCAGCCGACCGCACCACACACCUUGCCCCUCCUCUGGCCCUUGCGCUUGCUGCACCUCUCCCUCUCCCUCUCCCUCUCGGCCUGAUGUUGCCCUGUUGAUCAGAUUCCUCUCUUGGCCGCUCGAUGUCCAUCGUGUCCUGCCCCUCCUCCCCUUUAUCUGUGAUCAUGGCGGCAUCGCCCUUGGCCUCCCGUAUGGCCCGCCGCAUCCACUGCAGCAGGCUCUGCUGCCGACGCCGCCGCCUGCUGCCCGAUCCACUGCCGCC